AUGAGAGUAAAUGAGGACGCUGGACAAGUAUAUGCCAAUGGUCAUGCUGCCAGCUCCAAUGGCUCGACUCCAAGGAAGCCUCUCCAGAUGAAUGGACACACUUCGAGUGCCUUGAAUGGCUCUAGCUCAUCGUUCACCAAUGGUACUGGCAAAAAGCUCUCCCCUGUCCGCCCGCCCACAUAUCGUGGGCACAACAGAGAGGAAGUGGUGCGUAUUAUGAUUCAAAGCCUGUUGGAUAUGGGAUAUCCAGAUGCAGCCAAUGUUUUGAGCAGUGAGAGUCAUUUUGAGUUGGAGAGUGCUGCUGUAGCUGCGUUUCGAAGUGCUAUUCUGGAAGGUAUCUGGGCUGAAGCAGAAGCAAUAUUGCUGGGCUCGACUCCAAACGGUUCCCAUCUCGACGACGACCAAUUUAGCGAGGGUCUAGUUCUUGCAGAGGGUGCUGACAGAGGCCAAAUGCUUUUCUGGAUUCGACAGCAGAAGUUUCUGGAACUACUGGAUCGCAGAGAUCUCGGCGUUGCUCUGAUGGUGCUUCGACAAGAACUCACCCCACUGGGACAUGAUAUCCAUCAGCUUCAUGCUCUAUCUACCUUACUCAUGUGCCCUCCGGAGGACCUGCGAAGUAAAGCCCACUGGCCAGGAACGGUGGAGGAAUCUAGGAAGAUGCUGUUACAAGAUCUCUCUCGUUCUAUUGCACCAUCUGUCAUGAUUCGGGAUCACCGGUUGGCCGAGCUAUUUGAUCAAGUCAAGCAAAACCAAAUCAAUCAAUGCCUAUAUCACAACACCUCACUACCACCCUCGCUCUACGCGGAUCAUCACUGCGAUCGUGACGAUUUUCCUUCACGUACAUUUCUGCAACUAGAGGACCAUACUGGAGAAGUCUGGCAUGUCCAGUUUUCUCACGAUGGUACCAAGCUGGCUACAGCCAGUCAAGAUAGGUCCGUCAACAUUUAUGAGACUGUCACAUUUAAACGCCUACAUACUUUGACUCAGCAUUCUGGGGAGGUGACCUAUGUGGCAUGGAGCCCUGACGACAGCAAGAUCAUCACGUGUUCUCAAGACUGCAAAGCCCGCGUGUUUGAUGUUGAAUCUGGGCGUUUGAGAGCGACCUUGGAACAUCAAACAGUAGACCAAAACUAUGCCAUUACCGCCGCUGCCUGGGGUCCUGACUCGAUGACUUUUGUGACUGCCAGCCAUGACAGGAACUCGCAACUCUGUCAUUGGAACUUGCGGUCCUCUGAAAUGGAUCGGCCUACCCAUACCUGGCCGCCUGGAUUCCGUGUACAGGACGUCGCGAUAACUGAUGAUGGUCACUGGCUUGUUGCACUGGACUCUCAAAACAUCAUCCGGGUUUUCGACCUGCACACCUACCGUGAGGAGCCUCCAAUUAGGUCUACCGGCAAGAUGACAGGGAUCACACUCAGCCAGGACGGGAACUCCGUCUUGGUCAAUUUAGCUAUCGGUGAAGUACACAUCAUUGACCUGGUUACGCGGGACAUCAUCAGGAAAUUCAGGGGACAAAAGCAAGGCGAAUUUGUGAUUCGAAGCUGUUUUGGUGGGGCGGCCGAGAACUUCGUAGUUAGCGGCUCUGAAGAUGGAGAUAUAUAUGUUUGGCACAAGGAGAACGAAGCAUUGAUCGAGAAGUUGUCAGGUCAUGGCCGAGGUCAGAGUGGUAAGCAGUGCGUCACCACUGUGGACUGGAAUCCCAGGGAUGCUGGCAUGUUUGCAUCUGGUGGAGACGAUCGCAAAGUUCGAAUGUAA